UUGAUUUGAAAGUCCUACGUCAUGGGAGUGACAGAACUCCCACAAUGCAUUGUAAUUUUCACCUGAGCUAAAGUGAAUUAAGCUAACUUACAUUACACAUCUAAGAGUGACUAACUUUAAAUAUAUCGUUUGUAUUCGUCCGAUUUCUCCCUGAAUUGUUGCUCCUGUGUGGCGGCUGUGUGGUGACACCCAGGAACUGGCUCGCUGCUGUUUCCAAACUCCCAGCCUUACCUGUGGCUGUGGGAUCAGGAUUUAAGGAUAAGAUGGAUCCAGAAUAUGAACAUCGCCUUCUCCGACAAAUCAACAUUCAAAAUGACAACCUGAGCCCUGUUAAGCUAACACAGAGCCUGCGUGUUCGGACGCCCACCAACUCUCCAUUAUCUUCACCCAGUAAGAUCGGAGACAGAUUUAUUCCAACCAGAGCUGGGGCAAACUGGAGCAUCAACUUCCACAGGAUCAAUGAAAAUGAAAAAUCACCAAGUCAGAAUAGAAAAACAAAGGAAGCCUCUUCUGAUAACAUCAAAGCGGACGGGCUGGCCUACUCUGCUCUGCUGAAGAAUGAGCUGCUGGGAGCAGGAAUAGAAAAGAUCCAGGACCCUCAGACAGAGGACAGGCGUCUACAGUCAUCAACCCCAGAGAAGAGAAGCCUUUUCACUUAUUCACUCAAUACCAAGAGGUCGUCACCAGAUGAAGGCAGCAACAUCUCCCCCUACUCUCUAUCACCUGUCAGCAACAAAAGUCAGAAAUUGCUGCGUUCUCCAAGAAAGCCAACCCGCAAAAUCUCUAAGAUCCCUUUUAAAGUCCUGGAUGCUCCAGAGCUGCAGGACGACUUUUACCUUAACUUGGUGGACUGGUCUUCUCUCAACGUGCUCAGUGUCGGGCUGGGUACGUGUGUUUACCUGUGGAGUGCCUGUACCAGCCAGGUAACAAGGUUGUGUGAUUUAUCAGUGGAGGGGGACUCAGUCACGUCAGUUGGAUGGUCUGAAAGGGGUAACCUGGUGGCAGUGGGGACUCACAAAGGAUAUGUUCAGAUCUGGGACGCUGGUGCUGGGAAGAAACUCUUUGCCCUGGAAGGACACACAGCUAGAGUUGGAGCGUUGGCAUGGAAUGCAGACCAGUUGUCUUCAGGGAGCCGUGAUCGCAUGAUUCUUCAAAGAGACGUGCGGACCCCUCCACUGCAGUCAGAGAGACGGCUGCAGGGACACAGACAGGAAGUGUGUGGCUUAAAGUGGAGCACUGAUCAUCAGCUGCUCGCUUCUGGUGGCAACGACAACAAGCUGCUGGUCUGGAACCACUCAUCGCUGAGCCCAGUGCAAACAUACGUAGAUCACCUGGCUGCAGUGAAAGCUAUUGCCUGGUCCCCCCACCAGCACGGCCUGCUGGCCUCAGGAGGAGGCACUGCUGACCGCUGCAUCCGAUUUUGGAACACUCUGACGUCACAGCCGCUGCAGUGCAUGGACACAGGCUCUCAGGUCUGCAACCUGGCCUGGUCCAAACACGCUAAUGAGCUGGUGAGCACUCAUGGCUACUCUCAAAACCAGAUCUUGGUGUGGAAAUAUCCAGCUCUCACUCAGGUUGCCAAACUCACAGGACACUCCUACCGAGUGCUCUACCUGGCCAUGUCCCCGGAUGGUGAGGCAAUUGUGACGGGAGCUGGAGAUGAGACUCUGCGCUUCUGGAAUGUAUUCAGUAAAACAAGGUCAACAAAGGAAUCUGUAUCUGUUUUAAAUCUCUUUACCAGGAUACGGUAACUUAAAGCAAAUAUUAAAACUGUAGAACACUAGUUUGAGUGAAUCCUGGCGUCACUACUGGAUAGCUCAUCGACACGGUGCUAAGGACACAGAGUACACUCUAAGGCAUCCUGUGACAUCAGAGGAAACGGCAGCGAGAACAACUGAGCAUGUUUUUUUUUUCAUGCUAACAAUUGUUUUGGAAAAUUAUUGUUGACUUUUGUGCUCUCAUUAUGAAUGUAGUCAUUUUUUUUAUUUUUAAAAAUUAGGCUGAUCUCCAUUUGUUUUGUAUUCACAGCAAAAAAUCAAAGGCCUUACUUAAAAAUAUUAUGUUGUGGAUUCUGAAAUGUGGAGAGAGCAUUUUUAGUUUUUGUUUAACUCAGGUCUUAUUUAUUUAAAUGGAUAGUUCAGAUUUUUGAAGUAGGGUUGCAUGAGGUACUUAUCCAUUGUCAGUGUAUUACCUACAGUUAAUGGUGGUCUGCACGCCCCCAGUUUGGAGAGGCAGGCAGGAGUACCACCAUGGAAGCUAAGCAAUGUCACGACAGGGUCGUCAGUAAAACAUAUUUUAGCUGUGACUAUAAUAAGUACCUCAUACAACCCCACUUCAAAAAAUCCAAACUAUCCCUUGAACGCUGCAGUGAAAGCUGACAUGGCUUCAAAGGAAAAAAACUGCCAUUACACAUUAUGAAUAAAAAUGUAAAAACAUAAUCACCUACUAAGGCCUUUACAUUUUGUGCACCAUGUUUACUGUGAGCCUUGGAGUACUAAGGUUGGAAGUAGUUGGCUGAAAAAAUGCAGUUUUGCUCCUGUGGACAGAGUCUAAUGCUGUGCAUCUAGACAAACUACAUAGUUGACUCUUUGUAGCAAAGGAAGUAAUAAAAGAUGAUGGAACUGA